CACACACACACACACUGCAUCUGGCUAAUCAAUAGAGCUUGAGAGCUAGGCAGUGGGUGCGUUCAUGGGACACAUUGCUGAAGGCAAUUUGCCAAAGCUCCUGGGACCAUCUCUCAGAGAUGUUCACUAAUGUCAAGGACAGACACUUCUCUCCUGGAGAAACAAGGAAAGGGGCCUGUGUCCCUUUGGUGGCACCAGUUCCACUUCCCUAGUGAUCACUUAAUUCCACCAGUAAAGAUACAUUUCAUCAUCUGUCACCAUGUCGACUGUGCCCGGCCACCUUGCAGACUGAUAUGCGGCACACACAGCAGCAUCAGAGCUCAGAGGGUCACAGACUGGUCAAGGGAGGGCGCUAGUGUGCCAGCAGAGAAAUGACUUCCUCCAGGUCAAGCCACAUUCAGAUUGUGGGGAGAUGGGGAUUCUAAGAGAGGCUUUUGCUAAUUUCCUCCUUGGCCCAGGCUGGGCUACAGCAAGGAGUGUUCCUGUGUGAUCUCUUUCAGCUCGAGCCGUCAUGCUGUUUGCUCUCAUCCCCGUCACAACCAUCCGAUCAGCUAUGUCCAAACUCAUAAAGGGCUCCUCUUAUGGAAAGGUGUUUGUCAUACUGCAGCUGUCCUUGGCUCUGACUGGCGUGGUGACAUCGACCUUGUACAACAAGAUCUAUCAGCUCACCAUGGACAUGUUUGUGGGCUCCUGCUUUGCUCUCUCCUCCUUUCUCUCCUUCCUGGCCAUCAUCCCAAUUAGCAUCGUGGCCUAUAAACAAGUCCCAUGGUCACCAUAUGGAGACAUCACAGAGAAAUGAAAAUGCUUACCUGCAGGAGCUGAAAACACCAGCCAUGGCCAGGCCCCCAGAAGACAAAAGAAGGGACCAGGGAACUGGUGACCAAAGCAACCCACUGCUAAAGAAACCCACGUUCCAGGCAGAGUUGGCCUCAGUAUGACCUGCUUUGGCUCAGGGAUCCCUGGUGGAUGGGGAAAAGCAUUUUCCUGGUGAUGGAAAAACGUUCUUAGCUUUAAGAUACCCCUAUUAGGCAGAGAUUGGGUUCUGUGACAGCAGAACAUGAGCUUAAGGGUUAUAGGCGGGCUGCAUACAGCAGUCCCAGGCCCUGUGAGGGGUUUCAGACCCCAGCUACAGCAAGCCUGCCCCUUUUCUUCAAGGGAUUGUCUUGAGGGCUCCAAGGUAUAGCUAACUAGUCACUAGGAUGCUGUGCUGAAAGUCCCAUGGGAGAACUCAAAGCGUGGAUUAUCACAGCCUGAGGGGAAUGUGGAAGGAAUGUUUUGUAAGAACCACCAACAGUUUUGCACGAACAAUGUCUUUUAAAUUAAAAUAAAACCUUGAAAAAAGCCAGCUUUCUUUCCUGAGUCUUUCUUGGCUACAAACACUCAGGAGGGGGAUGGAGCUCAGACCCUUGUCUUCUGGGUAGUUUUGUUAUUACUGUUGCUUUUAAGAAGCAAAUGUCACAAGGCUUUCUUCAAUGGGAUAUUCAAUUGAGUACUUCCGGUCAACAGUGCUUCCCCAAGUGAGUGGUGUGAAGGAGGAGGAGGUACAUUAAGAGCUGUUUUAUUUGAGGUACUCAUUUUUAUAACCUCGUUUACUUGGAUUUAUAAAAGCAGACUCACCUAAUAAAAUCAACAUUCAUUGUA